CGGCUGAAGAAAGAAAAACUCCUGGUGAAGCUACUGAGAUUCACGACACUAUUAUAAAGAUGGUGUUUAUUAAAGAAGAGAGUGAAGACAUGAAGAUUGAAGAAACAUUCAGUGUGAAACAAGAAGAUACUGAGGAACAAACAGGUUGGUUUCAUUCUUAAAGCUGAACUCAGUCAUUUGAUCCUUAUUAAAAUGUCCACCUCUACAGAAAUGAAUGAUAUUAUUGAAGAAUGUCAUAUGAGUGUCCUAAUUAAAGCGGUUUUAUUUGACAUGGAGUGGGCCGCCAGCAAUUGAAAGUAAAUUACUGUUAAAUUACUGUAAAAAACUGUUAAAUAAUAAUAAACUCUUUCGGUUCAGACGCUAGUGCCUGGGAUACAAAGGUAUCUUUUUGCCAGCUUGGCCAGGAAAGGAUAGACUCGCUCAUGUGAUUUCCACCAGCUUAGUGGAUCUUCUGUGAGUGCCAGUGGUGUGACCUCCUGGUACCUUUUCACCUCCUCCUCAGCUCUGGCAGAUAAUGAUUUUGUUGGGGCUCCAACAUCACCAUAAGUCUAUUCAAGCAGGUCUGUCAGCCCACAUGACUUCCUUAUCUUGGCUGGAAAGACAGUGGGUCUAGGAUCCUCUUCAGUGUAGCCAGGUUCCUCCUGAUGCUCCUGGAAUUCUGGCUCAGAGAUGGUCUGCUACCUGCUUUCUUCCUGUAGAAUACACACACAGAAGGAGAGGAUAAAUAUGUACUGUAUCAUUAAUUAUGCAGUAAAUAUGUUGUUUCUCUUUGGUAAUUUAUAGUUAAUUUGUCUUAAAUAUUUUAAAUAAAUCUUUACCAAUUUGACUACAAUAUUUGUAGAGCAGUGACAUUUCUUCUUACGUAGGUUAGAAUAUAUUAUGCUUCUAUUAUUUAAAUGUUUUAUUACCUGGAGGGUUACAGCCUCAGCAUAGGUUUCCUGUCUCUCCUCUGGGGUCAGGAAUGGCAAGGUUUUAAACCGGGGGUCCAGGGUUGAUGCUGUGUAGAGGGUGGUGUUCUCUGUUGCGCUGGCAUAUCUCCUUUUAAGAUCAUGACUGAUGCUUUGUUUGAUGUCUUUGAUCAGCAUUGUGUCACCAAUGUUGCCCUGUGUGUCAUGCAACAACUGUGCGAGCAGCGGUGCUACGAAUGAAAGAGUAGGAUUCUUUUCCUCAGACAUCACAGUGGUCGCCACUUGCAUCGAUUCCCAAUAUCAGUCUCAUUCAAUGUGAAGACAUUUGUGUUACUCUUUCUCACUUCAGGAAACAACAGCGAUGCACAAAUGGAGGCUGUUGUUUAAGGAACUGCCGGAGCAUUUCAUAAGCACUGUUCCCAUCUCUUGCUGACAUGAGUCUUGAGUUUAUGGAUCGACCACCAGGUUUUUGUCAGCAAUCACCCACUCCUGUGCUGCAUUUUGUAGGAGGUCUUCAAUUUUCGCCCCGGUGUGACUUUUUUUGUACUACUCUAGUUUAGAGAUUGUGAGACAACAGUUGCCAGUCUUCUCUGAGAUAAUGACCUGUAAUAGUCGCGUAUGAAUCCACUGCCCGUGACGUCCAUGCAUAAGUUAAUGCAACCCGUUCUGCGAUUCUCAAACUUUCCUCAACUUUAAGCUUCACUUCUCUAUAGAAAAUGGGCGGCCUCCAGCUGCUGGUCCCAUCACUCCACCUCAGCUUGUCGAUCUGUCGCCUCCACCUUGGCUUCUCCCCCCCCCUCAGCUCCACCAGAGGCCAUUGUCCUUACGGCUCCACUGGGCUCCCUCGUCCCUCCGGCUCCACCUCGGUCAGCCGUCACCCUGCCUGCGCCAUGGACUUUCAUUAAAAAUGUAUUAUAACAUUAUUAUAGUGUAUGGAAUGAAUGUUUGUGGCCUCUCUUUGUUUUAUACACUGCUGCUUUAUCCAGAGGUCCUAAGUCAUUUUUAUUGCACUCCUGGCCUAAACCUUAGGAAUAAGUUUCAAGAUGGGCGGAGGGCAGUUAGUUCCUAAGAAACGGCAUGUAGUCUAAUGAGAAGACCUCGCCAACCCAGACAUGGUACUUGGGGUCUUCUUCUUGGCCUCUAAAGGCUGAUUUAUACUUCUUCGUCGAGUGUGUACGGCGUAGCUAUAGCAUAGGCUACGUGUAGCACGUACGGUGUAGCCUGAUGUGCACCUCUCUAAAAAUGUAACAACGCGUCAAGUCUACGCGGACUGCAAGUGCUGUGAUUGAUCUGCUAGAACCCCUCCCACAGGUAAAAAAAACUGGCGCGGAGAAGAGCGUUUUCAACUUCUGUAGGAAUGAAAAAACGCUUUGGCCACUUGCUGUGCUCUGUUUCAGGGGACACGCGCCGUCAAGCUGCAACAAAAGUCGUUGCCUAUUUGCCACUGUUGAAGGUUUUCUGACAACGUACAUAACAAGCUGCUGCUUCUUCGGCUUUUGACUUGAUACUCAACAUGACUGCGGACACUGCACGUUGCACGUCGAUGCGGACAACAAGGCAGAAGUAUAAAUGAAAACCGACACAUAGCCUAUGGUGCAGAGGCUCCGGGACCUGAUGGCACUGAAAGUGGAGAGUCAAGAACUACAUGAAAUGGAAGAGAAAGAUCAGUAUGGGAAAUGUCAUGAUUUCAUAACUGGGGAAAAAUCUAGUUGUUCAGUAGUUCAGACUGAAAAGACUUCCUCACAAAAAAGAGCUCAUAAAACUGGAACUAGGAGUUAUUUCACCUGCCAACAGUGUGGAAAGAGUUUCACUCUAAAAGGAAAUCUUAAAGUUCACAUGAAAAUUCACACUGGAGAGAGGCCAUUUAGAUGUGAUCAGUGUGGAAAGAGUUUCCCAGGCAUGAACUGCCUUAACAGACACCUAAAAAUUCACUCUGGAGAGAAGCCUUUCACCUGCCAACAGUGUGGAAAGAGUUUCACCCUAAAAGGACAUCUUAAAGUCCACAUGAAAAUUCACACAGGAGAGAAGGCUUUCACGUGCCAACAGUGUGGAAAGAGUUUCACUGAAAAAGGACAUCUUAAAGGCCACAUGAGAAUUCAUACUGGAGAGAAGCCUUUUACUUGCAAAUUGUGUGGAAAGAGCUUCAUUGAAAAAGGACAUCUUAAAGUCCACAUGAGAAUUCACACUGGAGAGAAGCCUUACACCUGCCAACAGUGUGGAAAGAGUUUCACUCAAAAAGCAAGCCUUACAGCCCACAUGAGAAUUCAUAAUGGAGAGAAACCUUACACCUGCAAACUGUGUGGAAAGAGCUUCAAAACAAAACUAAACCUUAGGUAUCACAUGAACAUUCACACCGGAGAGAAGCCGUACACAUGUGAUAAGUGUGGAAAGAGUUUUAAACGUAAGUUAACCCUUAAUUGCCACUUGAGAAUUCACUCAAGAGAAAACUGUUUUGUAUGUCAUCAGUGUGGAAAGAGUUUCUCAGACAUGAACUGCCUUAACAGGCACGUAAAAAUUCACUCUGGAGAGAAGCCUUUUACCUGUCAACAGUGUGGAAAUAGUUUCACUGAAAAAAGACGCCUUAACGUCCACAUGAGAAUUCACACUGGAGAGAAGCCCUAUACCUGCUCUCAGUGCGGAAUGAAUUUCAUAUAUAAACUAACUCUUGAUUCCCACAUGAGAAGUCACACUGGAGAGACCCCUUACACCUGCAAACUGUGUGAGAAAAGCUUCUCGCGAAAAGGAAAUCUUAAGUAUCAUAUGAGAACUCACACGGGAGAAAAGCCAUUUAUAUGUGGUCAGUGUGGAAAGAGUUUCACACGUAAACUAACACUUAAUUGCCACUUGAGAAUUCACUCAAGAGAGAAUUGUUUUAUAUGUCAUCAGUGUGGAAAAAGUUUCCCAGACAUUAACUGCCUUAAUAGGCACGUACAAAUUCACUCUGGAGAGAAGUCUUUCAGCUGCCAACAGUGUGGAAAGAGUUUCAGUCUACAUGGAAAUCUUAAUGUCCACAUGAGAAGUCACACUGGAGAGAGCCCUCACACUUGCGAACUGUGUGGAAAGAGCUUCUCCCGAAAAGGAAAUCUUAAGUGUCACAUGAGAACUCACACUGGAGAGAAGCCUUUCACAUGUGCUCAGUGUGGAAAGAGUUUCACACGUAAACUAACCCUUAAUUGCCACUUGAGAAUUCACUCAAGAGAGGAAUACGUCGUCAAUGUGGAAAAAGUUUCAGUCUAAGGGGCCGUUUACACAACACCGUUUUCAACUAAAAACGGAAAACUUUUUAUGCGUUUUGGCUGCAUAAACAUUACAUUACAACAGUGUUUUGGGUGCCUGCAAAUGCAAGCUUGUGAAAAUAGGUUUAUAAUCUAAUUUUAAACGACAAAAACACGGAUCUAUGAGAACGGUGAAGGCAUUCACAUGCAUAUUUCGUGUUUAGUCUAUAGGCAUGCACAUUUGUCACGAGUUCUCUGUAUGGAGAUGUUCAUUGCAAGUUAUUUGUCCAUGGUCACUUACAUUUCCUCUAAUUUCAAUUGUAUAGCAGCAUCACUUUAUACAUUGAUAUAUUUUAAUACCUCAGAAUCGCACCACUGGCCAUUUCUGUUGCCUUCAAUGAAGGAUCUAUGGGUGUAAUUUGACUUUUUAAAUAGGCAACCUGAGCAAACAUACAUUGGCGUUGUCUCAUUUUAUCUUUCAUAUUUUAUAUUCAUUUUUAUUAUAUUGUUCAUUAAUUUCCUUGAUCUUACAAUGUUUUGCUGUCUAAUAAUAUGGUUGUGUGGUCUUCAUAUGUUGGAGAUAAGAGGAAUGUCUACAUUACAUUGUUUCCACUAUCACGAAUGAUGUAUUGAAUCAAUUUGGUUUAUUAUCACUUGUUGAAUUUGUGCUGGUCAGAUGAAGUCCAACUGAACAUUGAGAAAGAUGCAACUAAGAUUAUUUAAUAAACUCUUUUUCAUCAUCA